AUACGGGCACCCGGGCCUGUGGAGCUCUGCCCCCUCUCAGGAUGAAGGUGGCUGUGGACCCGGACCCUUCCCUGGUCUACCGGCCUGAUAUGGAGCCAGAGGCGGCCAAAGACAAGGGCAGCUUCCGAAACUACACGUCCGGCCCUCUCCUGGACCGUGUCUUCACCACCUACAAGCUUAUGCACACGUGGCAGACCGUGGACUUCGUCAGGAGGAAGCAUGCCCAGUUUGGGAGCUUCUCCUAUAAGAGAAUGACUGUCAUGGAGGCUGUGGACAUGCUGGAUGGGCUGGUGGACGAGUCGGACCCCGACGUGGACUUCCCCAACUCCUUCCAUGCCUUCCAGACGGCCGAGGGCAUCCGGAAGGCCCAUCCCGACAAGGACUGGUUCCACCUCGUCGGGCUCCUGCACGACCUGGGGAAGGUCCUGGCUCUGGCAGGGGAGCCCCAGUGGGCAGUGGUUGGAGACACCUUCCCAGUUGGCUGCCGUCCCCAAGGCUCUGUGCUUUUCUGUGACUCUACCUUCCAGGACAACCCUGACCUCCAGGAUCCUCUGUACAGCACAGAGCUUGGCAUGUACCAGCCCCACUGUGGGCUCGAGAAUGUCCUCAUGUCCUGGGGCCAUGACGAGUACAUGUACCAGAUGAUGAAGUUCAACAAAUUCUCCCUCCCACCGGAGGCCUUCUACAUCAUCCGGUUCCACUCCUUCUACCCGUGGCACACGGGCGGCGAUUACCAGCAGCUGUGCAAUGAGCAGGACUUGGCCAUGCUGCCCUGGGUGCAGGAGUUCAACAAGUUCGAUCUCUACACCAAGAGCUCUGACCUGCCAGAUGUGGACAAGCUGCGGCCCUACUACCAGGGGCUCAUUGACAAGUACUGCCCCGGUGUCCUCCACUGGUGACCGGCCUGCCCACACCCGGCUGGGUGCCCUGGGGUGACAGCCACUGUCAGGCACAGUGACGACCCACCCUGGCCUUUCUAGGGGACCCCACAUACCCACCUGCAUUCCCUGCCCUGUUGGCCCCUCUCCCCGGUUGCAAUAAAGACUUUGAAGCAGCUCGUGA